AACCCAGCGAGCGGUAGCAACGGCUACUAGGCCCCCCCCCGUCCAUACCACCCACCCACGUCGUCGUCGCCGUCGUUGCGCAUCGCCAAGCAUACCUCGCUGUCGAUUGUCGCAUCGUACAUCUUACCAACACACACACCCGCGCCCCGCUCGCCCCUCGACCCGACGAAACGCACGUGUACGCCGAUCGCAGGCAGUCACCGCCCGCCCACCUGACUGACCGCCGCCGCCGUCAACAGCCGAUCCGCUCUUUUUUUCCAUCUCACCAUCUCACUCCCCACCUCACACCAUGUUCCGCGUGCUCUCCCGCCGCUCGGCCGUCGUCGCCGCGACCACGGUCGCGGUCGGCUCGUCGUACCUGCUGCUGCAGCGCGACGCGCACGCCCAGCUCGACUCGAUCCCCGUCACGAAGCGGCGCCCGUCGCCGCUCUGGUCGCCGAUGACGCGCGAGCAGAUGCUCGACCACCUGCGCUCGUCGGGCGUGUUCAUGAAGCGCACUGAGCACGGCGGACCCGAGCCGGGAAUCGUGCCCCCCGGCGGCGUGGCUGCCAAGCUUGCCGCCCAGGCCGAUGACGACGACGUCUUCGACCUCCUCAUCAUCGGUGGAGGCGCGACCGGCGCCGGUACCGCGCUCGACGCGGCGUCGAGAGGGCUCAAGGUCGCGUGUGUUGAGCGCGACGACUUUGCGUCGGGCACCUCGUCCAAGUCGACCAAGCUCGUCCACGGCGGUGUCCGUUACCUCCAGAAGGCCGUCAUGGAGCUCGACUACGAGCAGUACAAGCUCGUCAAGGAGGCCCUCCGCGAGCGCAAGGUCUUCCUCGAGACGGCGCCCUACCUCUCCAACAUGCUCCCUAUCCUCCUCCCCAUCUACACGUGGUGGCAGCUGCCGUACUACUACAUUGGCUGCAAGGCCUACGACCUGCUCGCCGGUAAGGAGAACAUGGAGAGCGCGUACUGGAUGGGCAAGGGCCGCUCGCUCGAGGCGUUCCCCAUGCUCAAGGCGGACGGCCUUGUCGGCUCGGUUGUCUACUAUGACGGCCAGCACAACGACUCGCGCAUGAACAUUGCCCUUGUUUCCACGGCUGUGCAGCACGGCGCCAUCGUCGCCAACCGCACCGAGGUCGUCGCGCUCCACAAGAAGCCCGACUUCAAGCGCGGUGGCAUCCCCCGCAUCCACUCGGCCACGCUCAAGGACAAGCUCACUGGCGAGGAGUUCACCGUCCGCACCCGCGGUGUUGUCAACGCUACUGGCCCCUUCGCCGACGGUGUCCGCAAGCUUGACGACCCUACCAUCGCAAACAUUGUCGCCCCUAGUGCCGGUGUUCACAUCACCCUGCCGAACUACUACGGCCCCAAGACCAUGGGUCUGCUCGACCCCGCGACCUCCGACGGCCGUGUCAUCUUCUUCCUCCCAUGGCAGGGCAACGUCAUCGCCGGUACGACCGACUCGCCCACUACCGUCGAGCAGAACCCCAUCCCCAAGGAGCAGGAGAUCCAGUGGAUCCUCGACGAGGUCCGCCGCUACCUCUCGCCCGACAUCAAGGUCCGCCGCGGUGAUGUCCUUUCGGCCUGGUCGGGUAUCCGCCCCCUUGUUCGUGACCCCGGAGCCAAGGACACGCAGUCGCUCGUCCGCAACCACAUGAUCAACGUCAGCGAGGGCGGUCUGUUGACCAUUGCCGGCGGCAAGUGGACUACCUACCGUGCCAUGGCCGAGGAGACCGUCGACGCCGCCGUCAAGGAGUUUGACCUUGCCCCCAACGGCCCCUCGCAGACCGCCCACAUCAAGCUUGUCGGUGGCCACGCCUGGUCACCCACAAUGUACAUCAAGCUCAUCCAGCAGUUUGGUCUCGAGACCGAGGUCGCCAAGCACCUGUCCGAGUCUUACGGCGACCGCGCGUGGACCGUCGCGUCCAUGUCCGAGUCGACCGGCAAGACCUGGCCCAUCCACGGCACGCGCUUCUCGGCUCUCUACCCUUACAUUGAGGCCGAGGCCCGCUACGCCGUCCGCCACGAGUUUGCGCUCAAGGCGACCGACUUUAUCGGCCGCCGCACGCGUCUGUCGUUCCUCAACGUCCAGGUCACGCUCGAGUCGCUCCCCCGCGUCAUUGACAUUAUGGGCGAGGAGCUCGGAUGGGACAGCAAGCGCAAGAACCAGGAGUUUGACGACGCCAUCCAGUACCUCAAGUCGAUGGGUCUCCCCGCCAACACCAAGAUCACGCUCGCCGAGGUCGUCAAGAGGCACGGCAACGUCCCCAUCAUGGGCCUGACAACAAAGCAGGAGGAGGCCGUGUACGCCCGUUCCGCCUUCUCGCCCAAGGAGCUCCAGCGCCUUACUGAGCAGUUUGCCCAGCUCGACCACGACCACGACCAGAAGAUUGACCGCAAGGACAUUCUCCGCGCCAUGUCCAACGCGGGCUACGGCUCGAGCGUCCAGACCGCCGACGGCAUCCUUGCCGAGGUCGACUUUGGCCGCAAGGGCUCGAUCGACUUCCAGGACUUCUUGGACAUUGCCGCUGGGCUCAAGGAGCUCCAGCUCGACUCGGCCUUCACCCACCUCGCCAAGCUCGGCGAGGACGAGCAGCAGCCCGCUCCUGAACGGAAGAAGAUCCCCGUCGAGCGUUCCGGUGGUGGUGCUUAAGCCGACGUGUUGUUGUGCUGCCAUCUUUGUUUGCACCAUACCCAUUGCCCCGGUGAUAUCUUUGGGCCCACAGUUCUGUAGUUGGCGUAGUCUUAAUGGACCUUGUAUCAGAG